AUAUCAAUACAAAAUACAAAUGUUUUUGUCCUUGAUAUAUAAAUUGAUAAAAUAAAUGAAAAAUGGACAACAAACCUAAUCUAAGUCAAUAUUUCGGUGCUUCAGAAGUGCCGCCAGCUUCACAAUUUUUCGAUGAAAUCGGGACGUCACCAUCUGAAAUGAUACAGAGUGUUUAUUUGGGUGAUAACGAAGGUAUUCCAGCAUCGACUGGCAUUCUCGGGCAAAAUAUGAGUGCUUCGUUUAGCCAACAUAAGCUCAUGCAGGAGGUUCCUUCCACGAACCUCUUGCCAACUGUGAGCGGUUCUACAGCUAUUCCCGUGACGAGUCUACCUGAUCCUUCUACAUUCUUUGAUACUAUUGGACCUGAGCCGCAAAUUGGGCCUGUAAAAAGUAAUCCUGUAUCAACUGCUAUAAUAACUGAAGCUUUGGAUGGAUUGAGUAUUAAGAAUCAACCAGUGGACAAGGAAGCUGAUAGAAGAAGAGAUGCGUGGAUACCAAAUGAAGAAGCUAAGAAAACUUUAUUAAAGGCACAAUCAUCACCAAAAGGAUCUUUCUUCCCUGAAAGAGAAGUUCUUACUAUGCCUGGAAUAGUCUUAGAGGAGGAAUUGGCAGACGCACUCCAAGAAGUAGCAGUAAAAUACCUGGGUGUAAGUUCAGCAGGUAGCCGGGGGGUGGUGCGAGCUGACCACGUAAGUCGGGAUGAAGCAGGUCUCCGGGAACUGCUAAGAACUGGAUAUUUGAGGGCCGCUGUGAAUCUCACUGCUACUCUCAUUACUGCAGCUGGUCAAGGGCCCGGUCGAAUGCACAGGCCGACGAAACAUACACCUCGAAGCCUUCAACUCUGGUUGACGAGAUUCGCAGUAAUGUUGAGGAUUAGAUUACACGAGCCGUUGUUGAAGGAAGCCGAACCGUUUGGCGAUUUCAGCAAGCCUGAUAUGUUUUAUCAGUUCUACCCAGAUCUAUACGAGAACAGAAGCGGGUCUCUAGUGCCAUUUUCCUUAAGGCUUCUAGUGGCUGAACUACCCGGCCAUGUCGGCAAGUCGGAGGAAGCUAUGGACAGAUUGUACAUCAUGUUGGAUGUUAUACAGAAGAUGCUAGCAAAUCUGAAUGACAAUAAAACUGAAGAUGGUUCAGAGACAAUAACGGAGGAAGAUAAAAUAGAGUCGAUUAGACUAUGGUCCGGCAGGCGGGUACGGGUUAUGCACUCUAUUGUCAAUUGUGCUAUUGCGUUAAAGGACUACAGGCUAGCAACGAACACUCUAGUUACACUGCAACGACAAGCAACGAGCGCGCAGCAACAGAGAGCAAUAACUAGCGCGUUGUGCCGGUUGCACUUGUUGGCCGGUAACGUUGAAGCUGCUGUCACGCAUUUGAAUGAAGCGAGGGUCACUAGGCUGCAUAUAUGCCCAACUCCUGAUGUAAGAGAAUAUGUUGAUAUGGGAUUGAUAGAUAUUGCACAGGGAAAAUAUCAAGAAGCAUAUAAUAACUUCGCUAGAGCUGCUGAUCAGGAACCUACUAAUAUUAUGGUCGCUAACAACAUAGCAGUAUGUCUUCUCUACAUGGGCAAACUGAAGGAAGCGAUCACAGUCCUGCAGAAAGCGAUACAGUCAGAUCCUGAACGCGCACUCAGCGAGAGUUUACUAGUUAAUCUGUGCACAUUACACGAGUUGCAAUCAGCAAAUACGGGAGAUAAAAAACUAGCUCUGUUACGUUUAUUGUGCCAGCAUAAAAGUGACACGAUACCAAAUGUCGUGGAGGCGCUAAAAUUGGCUUAGUCAUCUGACAUUGACGUUAGUUUUGGCGGGAAUCGUUUAAAAUUAUGUGAUAAUUUAUUUCGUAGCGAUAAUAUAAUAAGUUGAAAUUGUUUUGUUGUAAGGCUAAUAAAUAUUAUUGAAGUAUAUAAA